UUGUAUCCAAAGAACAGACACCUUGGGAUUCUGUAAAGUUGACUUUUGAAGCAACAGGACCCAGCCACAUGUCAUUCUACGUGCGCGCUCACAAGGGGUCCACCCUCUCGCAGUGGUCUCUGGGCAAUGGCACCCCGGUCACAAGUAAAGGGGGGGACUACUUUGUCUUCUACUCCCACGGACUCCAGGCUUCCGCGUGGCAGUUCUGGAUAGAAGUGCAGGGCUCGGCGGACCAGCCUGAAGGCAUGGUCACUGUGGCCAUCGCCGCCCACUAUCUCUCCGGGGAGGACAAGAGAUCGCCAGCACUGGACGCCCUGAAGGAGAAGUUUCCAGACUGGGCGUUCCCCUCCGCCUGGGUGUGCACCUACAGUGUCUAUGUGUUUUGAUC